CAUGAGAAGAGAAAAAGUGAAGGAACAUUUAGUCUCUUUUGAUCAACCAAAAUUAAAAGUUGGAGAAAGGACAUUCUCAAGACAGGAAGAGACCAAAAUUAAUCAUUUUGAAAAACAAGCAGAGGAAUUUCUCAAUGCUGUCUUUCAAAGAAAAGACAGCCCACGGGUUGUGGAUUCCAAUAUUCCUUUAGUGGCUCGUGAGAUUAUGCAUCGAAUGAUCAGGCAGUUUGCUGCUGAAUAUACCUCAAAAACAAGCACUUCUCAGGACUCUAUAGUACUCACCAGCACUAAGGACCAAAGUGCAUCUAAAACACCUGUGCUCGGUGCCAGUGCUCUAAAUCCUGUUUUAAGCAAGCUUCUUAUGGCUGACCAAGAUAGACCUUUGGAUCUAACUAUCAAAAAGUCUAAUCUUGAAUCAGACAAUCAAGAUGGAGUGCUUGAUUUGUCUACUAAGAAAAAUCCUUCUGCCCGCAGUGUUUCCACAGGCAAGACCCUGGGUUGUUCUACAUCUACUGUUCUAGCUAAAGGGCGUCCUGUGAGAGCUGGCCAACAGCAAUUGGACGGCGAAUCGCAAAGUCUUGAAGGGGCACUUCCAAAGUCACUAAGAAGCAUCCAGACUGUGACACAGGGAGAUUAUGGAUCUUCUGUUAUUCUCAAAAUCCCAGCCACUCGAUCAUCCCAGAAGAAUGAGGAACCAGUAAGCAGGAGUGAGCCAUCUACUCUACCCAAUUUUGGACCAACAUCUCAGCACCGUGGACAGCACUUAGUACUCGCUAGAGAGGCCCCCUGGGCCAAACCACAUUAUGAAUUUAAUUUGGAACAUGUAAAAUUCAGGGGAAAUGAUAUAUCUUCAGAUACCGAGGAACCUCCUUUACAUCAGGUUAUGUUUCAGAGGGGAUCAGUUCAAACAAAACACGGGAAAAAAGACCAAGGCCAUUCCACUUCAGUGGAUUUGAAGAUUCCACAGGUUCGGGGAAUGGAUCUCUCUUGUGAAACCAAUGUCACAAAUCAUUAUAACUGUAGCCCAUUGCUCAUGAAUUCACAGAUUGAAAGUGCACUGCACAGAAAACUCAGAGUGAUCCUUCCAAAGCAGAACUUGUGGCACAGGAAAGGGGUAAUGAGCUUGGCUGAUGAAGGUCAUGAUUCUUGGGGCUCAGAUGUAGAGCAGCCAACCUCUAGUAAGCAACAGGCCACAUCUGACCAAGAAGGCGACUUGAAGCAACCCAGAAAGAAGCGAGGACGCUAUCGACAGUACAACAGUGAAAUCCUUGAAGAAGCUAUCACUGUGGUAAUGAAUGGCAAAAUGAGUGUCUCGAAAGCCCAGAGUACCUAUGGAAUCCCUCACAGUACCCUGGAGUACAAAGUGAAAGAGAGGCUGGGUACUUUGAAAAACCCGCCAAAGAAAAAGCUGAAACUCCUCACUCCAGAACCCCAGGAAUUAGAUGAUGAGCUGGAACACAGUCCUAGUAAUUCAAAGGUUGACAACACGAUACCAAGACCGGAGGCACAACACAACACAGAAUCCCGGAGUUCCCUUGACCAGUUUAUGGCUAAGCUGUGUAGACAUCAUCAGAAACAGUUUAUGAAUGUAUUAAGCUACAUGCACAGUGAAGCAAGUCCAGAGGAGCAGCCCCGGGAAUUGUCAACACGUGAAGACAUGGCCACACCCAGCCCAGCCCCCGUCCUUCUACAGCCUAAAAACCCCGAGGACCAAACCCCGAGCACCUUAAAAUCGUGUCCUUCCUCAAAUCAAGAGACUCAGACUUCAAACAAAUCGAACAGUGAAAGCAUCAAGGAGGAAAACCAGCCAGCUCAUGAGGAGCUGCUACUGCUGGGAAUUGAAGCAAACAGAGUUCCUUCUGUUGAAAAGCUGACACCCAGAGGCUGCUGUAGCAGUGGGAAUUAUAUAAAAAACUGCACUGAAGACGCAGGGUUCUCCUCUAUACGUGUAUGUACUACUGACUUUAAUAAAACUGGGAGCAUGGAGGGUCUACACAAAGAAACUGUGAAUCAAAAGGGGAUCAGUAUCAUACAACUAGAUCAGUCCUCUAGCGAAUGUGCACACAUCAGUACUGUUGCCCGAAUAGAAGAAAUAUGUUCUAACAGUCAUGAGAACAAAACAGAGGGUGCGGUAGCUGCCAGAGCUCAGGUUGAAACUCCUCAAGUUCUUCCUGAUGAGCUUUUGAACUUGAGUAAGAAUUUGACCAAAAAUCAGAGUAGUUCACGGGGCAGUUCCAGAGCUGCCUCUGAUCACAAAGCAAUUAAACACACGUCAGUUCAAGGUGGAUCUCGAGAACAUACCAGUGCUGCCAAAAGAAUGAUCAAAAGUAACCAUGUGCUCACAACGGAGUCGAGCACCAAAGAUUGUUGGUUUCCCUCUAAGUCGCGUGCUGCCAGUGGUCGCUUGAGAUUGAAACCACAGGCUCCUCCCACAAAGACAGCCAGAAAGAGUACCAGGGUGUCUGUACUGCGGGCUCGUUCUUCCAUGCCUAUGUGCCAAUAUGUGAAUGAGCACGACAACCAGUGUGAUAUUGUUUACAUCAGCAAGCCUAUCACGGAAUGCCGUUUUGAUGCUCAGAGGUCCUUAUCUUCCAGUCGAAAGACUGCACGGAAAAGCACACGUGGACAUCUCUGCAACGAAGAAUAUUGGGAGCUAAAGACUGUCCGCACUUUGGCCAGGAGCCCAGCAAUGGAGGCGAGAAAUGGGAAUUGUCCCUCGUUGAUUCCCAUACCACCUGCUCCAGUGACCCCGAAGCAAGCAAUUGUCUUGCCUGUCAGCGUGCCCAUCUGCGUUUCUGUGGAGGCUGGAGCUGGUACUAAUGAGGACCCAAAGGUGCAGCUGAAAGUCUCACAGGAAGAUAGUCAAGACUUUGGUUAUUCAGAGAGCAAAGGGGAGCUGGUGGUUGAGCCGAGUCAGACCUGUCGAUCACAGGAGACUGAGGCACUUUUCCGGACUGAAAACAGCCCACGAGGUGAUCCUGAGAGACCUGGGGAUCCUGAACGACCCAGGGAUCAGACCCCCGUCUCUGAUUCCAAAAGCCAUUCUCUGGAAGUCAAGAACAUACCAGUCUUGACCUCACAAAUGAACAACUGCAUCACAACGCAUGCUGAUUACCAAGCUCUCUGUGACAGCUUGUCAGCUGAACUUGGUGCUUGUGAAAGCACUGAGCUAUCAGAGCUGCUGACAGAGUGCAGGAAGGCUGGUGGGAGCCCUUCUGAACUGGAACAGUUAGUAAAAGAAAGCGAUGCUCCUGAGGACAUAUCUUCAACAGCAGGCUCUCCAAGCAAUUUGCAACCUGUUCCAAUCAAUCAGAACCAAAACCCUUCAGUGACAUCUUUAGAAAAGAUGAGCACCAGUUCAUUUUGUGAUAUUGAGGUUAAGAUCAUUCCUACUCAGGAGCAAUGCAGCACUCAGCACUUCAACAACAGUGAAAUAUUAAACAUUAACAAAACCACAACAAGCGAUAGUCUCAGCUGUCCGCUAUCAGGAGAUCAGCGUACUGGAGAGGUAGUUGAAUCUCUUGGAGAUGUGAAUACGAUACGGGUAGAAAAAUCAUUAACUGAGAUCGAAGAGCCCAGCAUAUCAGAACAGGCAUUUGGUGUUCAAGAUGAAGCAGUUGCAUGUUCUCUCCCUUAUAUGGUUUCUUGUCCGCCAAUAGUUUCCAGUUGUAAGGAUGAGAGCAGUCACAUUGAUUCAGGAGGGUCUGUACUGGAGCUUAUGGAAGGACCUCAUCAGGGAACUGAUAAUAUGGGGUGCAAUAUAACAGUGAAUGGACCAGCUUUAGAGAAAACAAAAUUGGAAGACCCUAAUGAAAAUGUGAUUGACCAAAAGAGGGAAGGAAGCAAUAGUACUGAAGAAACUCCUGAGUCUGAAAAGCAGACAAGCCACCACAAGAAGGCACGAGGCCUGGCUGCACCAGAGAAGAAAAAGCAUCGCAGGAAAUUGGAACUAACUUCUUCAGAUAGAUGUUUACGAAGUCAGCAGCCUAGGCAACAAGCUGUGACCUGUCCCAGUGACAUUAAAGAGCAGCCACCAGUUUGUGGUGAUGGCUUAUUGGUACCCUGUCUUAAUGUAAAGCUCCUGAGAAGUCAAGGCGAGAGAGGAUACAAAAGGGAGGUGUGCAUCAACAAAGUAACAUCUGUUCAAUUUCCUACAGAGUGCUUCAACAAAAUCCUUCUACAAAGCAUUGUUGACCCUGAGAGCAGAGUAUGCGAGUCUCCUAUUACCACAUCUGAGCAAGACAUUGACAAAACAAAAAAGGCGACUGUCAAGCAGCUCUCCAAAAACCUCCUUUUGAAAGAUUUUGAAAACUUUCAAGAUGAAGAAUUGGUAGAUGACAAUCUUAGCAAUGAAGGAGCACACUAUGAACAAGGUCAGGUUCUCGAGGUCUGUGUAGAUUCCCGAUCAUCGGAAGAACGGAAAGUUUCCUUUUCUGCUCACGUCAGAAAUGAUCAAGAUUCGGAAUCCUCUGAUGGUUCGGUGGAUGAAAUGUCUCCUGCUAUCCAACAGCAGUCAAGUUCAGGGAAGGCAGAUACCUGUAAAGAGAACUCAAAAUGGGCAAGAGGAGGCAUGAUGAAAAGAUUGACAAAUGUGGGAUCACUGCAUCAAACAGUUAAAGGAACAACCCCCAAAGCACCACCAGGCGAUAAGGUUCUUGCUGGGUCUCGUACCUUGAGAUGUUCAAGUAUGUCCAACGCAGAACCAGAAGCAAUUGCGCUACAAGAGGACAGCAAAUGCUUAAAUAUGAAUCAACCUACUGAAUUUCACCAGGAGAAUGAAGAAUCUGAGCUGCUAGGUCUGAGCGACACUGAUGCUCCUGAACCGAGUCGGCCAAAGUUUUUGGACUGGUGUUCAGAGGACGAGAACCAGGAGCUGAUCACCACUUUGAAUGCCACAUAUGAGAACAUUCACAAGGCUUGGAUUCAGAUGGAGAAGGAAGUGCCGGUGAUGCAGAAAUCAAAAUGCAAGUCUGACCGGCUCAAGGACAUCUGGAAAAGCAAGAAGAGGGCUCGCAAAGCAAGAGGACUGUAUGACCAUAAAAUAUCCCCUGUACAGAAACUCUUCAUGACCAACUUCAACCUCGCCAGCAUCUGUAAAUGGUUCAUGGAGACAACUGAGACCAGGUCUCUGAUCAUUGUUAAAAAUGUCAGUGCCCGGAAUCCGGUGGAGACCAUGAAAGCCAAAACCUUCCUUCAGAAGAACUCCAUGAUCAGUCUGUUCCCCAGUCCCCAAGCCGAGCGGCUAAAGAAACACCUGAAAAAGUUUGCCAUGGCGUCUCCUGCUCGGAACAAUUGGAAGACUCGAGCACUGCUGGACAAUGUGCAUAGGAGAGCUGCGACAGGGGCAGAUGGAGCAGGGCAGCAGCAGUGGAGCUUUUCCUUAGAUACUGGAGAAGGCCUGACUCCCAGGGACCUCUUUCUGGCCAAAGUGGAAAGUGCUCCUGUCGAGGAGGUUGUAUUUUCUGCCAGCAACACGGCAGCCCAGCCCUCCAAGCAUUUGGGGUUGAAGAAGCCAGUCAGUGCAUGGAUCUUGCGGAAAUAUUCCAACAUGAGAGGCAGGCUCCACAAAUUGCAGCAAGGGAAGGAGCACGCUGGGAGGAAGGUCUUAGCUAAGCACAAGAGCGUCUGUAUGAACCCCAUGGUCUCACCCAAGCUGACCUCGCAGGCCCAACUGGAGUCUCACGGAGCCCCUCUCCCCGUUGCCUCUCGGAAGCCUGAGGAGAGUAAAGGGAAGAGGAAGGCACUCAAGAACACUCGCAUCGAGGAGCUCCGUGUGGGGCGAGUCAAGAGCAGCAAGUCCGAGGUAGGUCCUCCUGUCCCUCUGCCCAAAUCCGUGCCCAAGCAGUUGCCUGCAAAUCGCAAGUCCAGAGCGGAGGUCAGCUCUGUAAAGGCUGCAGCUCCCAAAAGGGCUACUGCCAGUGGAAAGACCAAUAUUAUGUCCCCAAAAAGCACCGAGAAGAGGCUGUCUGGUGCUAACCUGAAAAACGUUCCGAGGGGCAAGGGCGCACCCCAGAGUAGAGAUAGGGCUAAAGGCAGAAAGACGAAAAGAAACAGCAGCAAAGAACGUCGGAUGAAACCCAACAAGAAAGCGACAGGAUCUUCAGUCAGGGCCAAGAGGAACAUUAAGACUGAUGCCAAAAAGAGAAACAAGGUGGCCACCCCAGUGAGACGUAAACGGAAGGGUGAAAUCACUUUGGAAGCUACGCACAAAAAGAAACGCAAGUUAAAUGAGAAGAGAGACCCUGUACCCAACAAACGCAAGCGGACUGAUGCAAAAUGACAUGCUUCCUGAAUGACCUACUGUAAAUUAUUGUGUCUUUAUACAACAGCAGUCAACAAAAGAUUGUUGACUGCAGAAAGCAUUAAUUGUCAAAGCUGCUUUUUAUAAUCUUGAAGCAAGCCUUUGAAACCGCAGAGGAACGAACUCGUUUGAUUUUUAAUUUUAUUUUUUUAAGCACGUGAGCAUAUAGCUUGUUGUAAAGAAAAUACAGGGAGCUUCCCCUAACUGUGAAUAGAGUUUUUAUAUGGUGCUAUGGAUGGUAUUGUUUUCUUUUUCCUGUUUGUUUUUUUUAUAUAUACACAUAUAUAUAUAAAUAUAUAUUAAAUAUUGCCCUGGCUUAGGACUGAAAUGAAAGCUGCAAGCGCAAUUUGAAAAGAACAGUGCCUUAUUUAAUGAUGAGAGGAAAAGAAACAAUUUUUUUGCGUGUGUGUAACUAAGAUUAAAGGCUUGCAUUCACAAUGGAGACUUGCUCUAUACUUGUUGCACCUCCACAAUCUGUAAAAAAAAAAAGCCCUUGCAUAUAGAAUAAAACAGCACAGAAAGAGGCUAUUUGGCCCAUUGUGUAUGUGCUGGCUCUUUGAAAGAGAUAUUCAGUUAGUCACAUGCCCCCUGUUCUUCCCCCUGAAUGCAGCAUAAAGUUCCUUUUUCAGGUAUUUAUUCAUUCCUAUUUUGAAAGUUACUGUUGAAUUUGCUUUUUAUGCCUUUUAAGCCAACGUAUUCCAGAUCACAACAUCCCGAUGUAUAAACAAAAGAAUUUCCUCACUGAUUCUUUUGUUAGUUUAUCUUCAAUUUGUAUUCUCUGUUUUCAGACCUUCCUGGUAGGAAGUUUCUCUUUAUGCUCAAUCAAUCAAACAUUUCAUUUUAAACGCCACCUUACUUAGAUUUUCCAAUCCCCUUGUUUGUCUCUCCCUCCCGCCUGCUCUCUCUCACUCUGUCUCCCUCUCGCCCCUUAUCCACUCCCAUCCUCAAACCAGGGCUUUCGUCUGUUAAAUUAUUCAAGUGUGAUUAUGUGACUCUGCUUUCAUUGCUCUUCCCAGAUUCCAUUCCACAAGCUGAUUACUCAGAUUGCAGUCUGUAUUGCUCACUGAUGUCUUGAGUAAGAUUUCCUCGGUCAGUGUCUUCCAAGGCUGGAAAGCAGAGAUUUCUGCAGUCUUCCUUCAUAGCUCAAGUAAAUUUACAUGGCUGGUCCCACCCCACUUUCGCUUGUCUUUUGUGACUCAGUAGUCAACACUGAUGAUGAGGUGAGGACUCAGCAGCGUUCAAUUCAAGCCUGGCUGUUCUCCGUAUAUGCCGUGGCUUUUUCAGUGUAAUUUAUUUGACUAAGUGUGCUAUCGAGAUAACAAUAGUAAAAGCAGACAUACUUGCAUGUCUCCCACUCUUUGUACAAUUCACAGAAUGAAGAAGUUUAUGGAGAGGCCACUUAGGCAACCAUGCCCAUUUGAAAGAGUGCCCAGUUAGUUUCCCCAUUGCCCUCCAAUCUAUGCUUUUUUCUAUUUCGAGUGCACAUACAAUUGCGUUUUAUAAGUUACUAUUAGAUUUGCUCCCAUUAUCCUUUUGUCUGUUUCUCACUGACCCUCCUGUUUAGUGUACUUUAAAAAUUCUUUUUGUCUUUGAACUUCCAUGAUAGGAGGUAAAGGCCUAGUGGUAUUAUUGCUGAAGUAUUCAUCCAGAAAUCUGUUCAAGGGCCUGGGUUCCAAUCUCACUGUGGUGUAUGGUGGAAUUUGAAUUCUAUUUUAAAAAUCUGGAGUUGAGAGCCUAAUGAUGACCAUGAAACCAUUGCUGGUUGUCGGGGAAAAAAAAAUCUUGUUCACCAUUGUCCUUCAGGGGAGGUGACUGCCAUCCUUACAUGGUCUGGCCCACGUGUGACUCCAGACCCGCAGCAACAUUGUCUUUUAACUGCCCUCUGGGGAAAUUUUGAGAAAUGUUGCAGGCUUAGCAACAUUUGCACCCCAAGAAAGAAUCCUUUAAAAAUGCCAGCUAGCAGGACACGGAAUGUGUAAUUGAUAAAGGCUGAAUGAAAAGUGAACUGGGUUUUAGCUUGCUGUCCAAGGGUAGGUCAGAUCAGAGAUGAGCAAAUCCAGCAUUAUUGUAACAAGAUCAAGAGUAAAGAAUUGGAAUGGCUGGUAAUGCUCAUAUGGUUCAAUCAAGAGUUUAGUUUCUUGGGCUACUUGAGAUGCGUUAAAAGAAACCAUUUUAAUCAGCCUGUACAGAGAUGUUAUUUCACAUGAUGGGACUUGAACCCAGGCCUCCUGGCUCAGAGGGAAGGUCACUACCACUGUGCCACAAGAACCCUACUUAUUCUAAUCUGUGACUGAAUACCCCAAUUUUUUUGUGAGCGGUUUUUGCUGAUUUAGUCAAACUCAGCCUUUUGGGAAGGUGAAGGUGUUGCAGGGAGGUGUCUUAAUUCUUUCGGCAUUAUUCAAAGGGUCUCACCUACAACGUGAACCUCUCUUUACGUUCCUAAAAGAGUUGCACAGCAGCUCGAGGUGAAGAACCUAGAAGGUGACAGACUGAAAAAAUAAAAAUGUGGCACAAGUGAAAGCUUUUUCCAAGAGCAAAUGCAGACGCAACAGACCAAAUGGCCACCUGUGCCCUGUUUGUCUCAUUCUUUAGGUCUGUGUUUUUCCAGUCUUUUCUGAUUUUGGUUUAGUGGGUGAUGGAACAUUGCACCAUAAUCCAAUAGGGCUGAUAAAAGCAAUAACUGCAGCUUUGCUAGAAGAGAAUGGAAAUGGAGAUUUUAACCAGUGUAGAAUCACAUCAGAAUAUUGGGUCCAGUUGGUCAUGCUGAUUAUUUAUCCUCCACACUAGAUACUACGGAUCCUUUCUCAUUUAAUUCUGUCAGCAACCUCUAUAUAUUUCUCCCUCACAUGAUAAACUAAGGUUGAAAUGCAUCAGUGUUAUUAGCCUCAAUCUCUCCCCAAACUCAAAGUCUACAUUCUCAAUAGUCUCUGGGUCAAGGUUUUUCUUCUGAAUUCCCUAUUGAUUUUUUAUUUUGAGUGUCUAUUUUAUAUUAAUAACCUCUGGUUUUGCAUUCCCAGAGUGGAAUUUCUGCAUUAAACUCCUGUUUUAAUAAGGGAUUAAUUUGGAGGAGCACCUGAAUUGUGUAAUUUGAUCCAUUCCCCUUGCCCUUAGGAGAUUCUUGCCUGGAUUUCUAAUAAGUAUUUUUUUGUGUUCUCAGGCACCAUUGAUUCCAAUAUUAAGCAAUAAAAGUUUAUGCCACUUAAAUGAUGAGCAAUUGGCUAGUACAUAGUGCCUUGCUGUUCAUCCUUGUUUCUAUGCAAGAGUUUUUUUUUUAAGAAAUAAUUGUUAUAAUAUUGAAUAUUGAUACCUGGUGGGGGUUUAGUUGAACAAUGGCACCAGUGGCAAUCCAAGACCAUGCAGCUGAGGCUGCUACGUUGCCAGAAUUAAACCAACCUUGAGUCAUGGAGGUAACCUUGUAAGGUUGGUAAUGCAGUGGACACUUACUAUUUAGACAAACAUGGCAGCUUUUUUUUUGCAUACAAUGGAAUCCAGUAGCUUUAAAACAAUAUUUCAUAUUUGUGUGAACACUCCCUGCAUUUCAGAUUUAGUUAUUUGGUGUGAUGCUCAUUUGAAACUUGCAGUGAGUACGAUUAUUCCUGUUCUGAUUCAUUUCAAGUAUGGAGAAAGGUGGCAUGUCAUGAUAUAUUUUCGGUGGAGAGGUUAGAUAUGGUUGUAAUAUAAGACGGAUUUUCACCUCCACCAAUUUUCCUUUUCCAUCAUUCAUAUGAAAACCUAGGUCUAUAUGUCUUGUUUGUGCAAGACCCCUAUUCUCAUUGAUAAAUAUACUUUAGUUUCUAGUCUGACAAUACCUUGGUUUUAAAAUUCUUGCACCUGUUUCAAAAAAUAUCCUUUAGCUUUGCACCUUCCAUUCUCUGUAACUCCUCCUGCCUAUAACCCUCCCAAGAAUGCUCUUCUCCAAUUUUGGUCUCUUUUUUUUUUCAUCAUCUCAAAGCUGUACUUUCAGUUGCCUGGGUCCUAAACCCUGGAUUCCCCACACUAUACAUCUUUGCCUCUAAAAAUCUUUGCCUUUUUUUAAAAAGUUGCUCCUUCGCACCUACCACUUUGAUGCAGUUUUUGGUUACUCUUCCCAAUAUCCCCUUCUGUCAACUUUUAUUUGACGUUCCUGUGAAGUAUUUUGGAAUGUUUCAUCACAUCUAAAGGUAUUGUAUAUAAACACACAUAACUGUUGUCUCUUACUUGCACCAGCAUGGAGGAGAGGAAAUAGUGUCUCCAUGAGAUUUCUAGCCGUACUGCUUUGCAAGCCUUUCUGGUGGACAUGUGAAGAUGGCAUUGUUGGAACAAAGCUCAUGGGAUGUGUGAGCAUGCCAGGGUGAGGCAGAUGUGCUGCUCUUGUCCCAGGCUUCCAUGCUGUGUAGACCCAUUUGACUUCUAUUCCACAUUUUCCCAAUUGUAGCUUUUUCAAAAAACAAUCAAAGAAAGUUGAAAUGCUGAACUAUUUCAUUACUAUUCCAGUAAUUGUACAUAAAAGAAUCUGCCAUAAAAGAAAACAGAGCAGGACCCUUUGAAAUAAAAUGUCUCAGGUUGGCAAUUCAUUGUGGUGAUGCAGAAUAGGGCUCCCACAUAUCCCAGGCAGAAGUGAGGACUGCAGAUACUGGAAACCAGAGAUUAGA